AUGACACCGCCAGUAGAAAAUGGAAACCAAAAAGAUGGGAUGUUUGGGAUUAGCCGUCGAAGAUCCCGAAUUGAACCUCCUCCUACUGAAUUCCUGAAUGAAUUGAGACCUGAAAUAGAGUCUAUCAAGGAAGAAAAUGAAUCAAACAAUUUUAUCAAACAGAAAAACGAAUAUCUUAUAUCUUCCAAUGAGUUGGAUAAUAGCGGUGCGCCUAGUUUUACAGAUGUGUCCACUCACUCCAAAAAUGACAAUGCAAAUAUGAUUCCUCCCAAGCGAUCGAUCGCUUUAAUUUUGGUGAAUAGUAUCAUGUCCGACAUGUCUUUUGGUGUGGCUUUACCAACAUCUCCUUCCUAUACUCAAAAGCUUGGUGGUACGGACGCGUUUUCUGGCUUAGUAGUGGGAAUUCCAACUCUCAUUUCAUUAUUGUUGCUUUAUCCAAUGCUGAAAUUUGCAACACCAAAGUCUGCGAAGGGAUACACGUUGUAUUAUCGACCAAUGUUAGUUUCUGUCUUCGCUCACAGUGUUGGGCAUUUGAUGUAUUGCAUGGCCGAUCAAGCAAACUGGCUGUAUUUAAUUCUCAUUGGUCGUAUGUUUAAUGGUAUAGGGUUUACCAUGUUUUUGUAUCAUAAAAAGUACGCGACAGACAAAUUACUUGUCGGACACAACCGCCGAACGUUUCUCGCAACGUUGAACAUUCUGGCACAAACCUUGGGUUUUAUGGCUGGUCCUUUCUUGGGUGGUAUUUUGGCGAAAGGUACAAGAAAGUUGGAUAAUCGUGUUUUUAAUCAAUACACUGGUGGCUCAUGGGUUAUGAUGUAUAUAUGGAUUCUUUUUGGUGUGUUUUUGGUCAUUUUUUACAAAGAAGUAUAUCCGAAAGACGAUCGUACGGUAUUGGAAAAGCCUGUUGACGUUGAUGAAAAUAGUGGUCCAUUGUCACUUAAACAUAUUUAUUUGCUUACUUUUCUUGGAUUAGCUGCUUUUGUGUCGUAUUUUAAUAUUUCUGGCUAUCAAACCAGUAUACCAAUUUACGCGAGUAAGUUGUACAAUUAUAAUGCUUACCAGUCUGGUAAUUUUAUUUCACUAGCAGCAUUGGUCAUUUCUCCAUUUGUCUUUUUAAGCACCUUUCUUUCACGCUGGUUGGAGGAUCGACAUAUCAUGCUAAUUGGAUUUACUAUUGGAAUCAUAGCUCUCGUUUUACACCUUAUUUUGGAUGCUGUUCACAAAAUUCCUGUCCAAGCGUACUUUGUGUUCUAUUCAGUAAUGAUGUAUGGAUUUAGCAUUGGUUCGGCACCUUUGGUUUCACUAGCUUCUAAACAAAUGCAACCCAAAUAUCAUGUUUUGAGCAGUGUACUAUUCCAAGUUGGAUUGUCCCUUUCCAACACUGUUGGUGCAAUAUGUGGUGGUGCUAUUUACAGCAUCACAACAGUUGGUUUUAUAGGUCUUUGUAUUGGGCUAUCUGUUGUUUCAUUUAUACAAUUUUUGACUUUGUGGAAUUCUAUGAAGUUGAAGUUGAAUUAA